AUGAAAAAUAUUUUUAGUUAUUUUUACGGAUCAUCUGUAAAAUAUUUUAUCUAUUUUAGGAAAAUAAAAAAAGUGAAGUAAAAGAUCCAAAGUUUGAUUAGUAAUUUGAAUCAUUUAUUUUUGAAUUUACUUCAAAUGAAUAUUUCCCUCUUUAUGAGAAAUGGACGAAAGGAGAAGAACAAGAAUAUAUAGGUUUCUAGUUAUUGAAAAAAUUAGAUUUUAAAUUAUAGGACAUAGAAGACAUUUAUUUAAAUAAUUAUGACUAACAACUAAAGUUUUAAUAAGAAGAGACAAACUUAAUAGAUUAUAUUGUAUAAGAGGAUGACACUUUAUUUGGAUUAGAAUUAAAAUUUAAUAUCAAGUAAUUAAAAAGUUUAUAAGAAAGUUAGACCAGAAUUUUAAAAAUUAAUGACAUUUCUCCAGAGUGCUUUGUUCCUGGAAUGAGAAUUAAAGUUCCUGAAAUUUCUUAAGAAUAAAGCUAAUCUUUUAUUUAGGAAAGUGAAACAAAUGAUUUACAAUUGAAUUAAUCAUCAUUUUAUGGAAGAAAUUUAAUGGAUGAAAUUAUGUCAAGAGGAUAAACAAAAAAAUGUAUGUAUUAUUUAUAUACACAAAGUUAAUGUUUAUUAUGUGACUAAUUAUGGUUGUAUAGAAGGAGUAUUAACAGUUAAUAGUGAUGUCAUAUUAUUUGAUCCUAGUUUUGUAGAUAGAAAUAAAGAAUUAGUAUAGAAAUGUCACAGUAUAUAACAUAUUCUAAUUUAUUCUAGAAUAAAGUAUUUUAAAUUUUUAAGCAUGUUUAAUGACUGAAGAUGUGAUAUCAGUUGAUUUAAAUGAAUUACCUAUGAGAAUAGCAAAAUCUAGUUCGAAAUGCUUUAAAGAUUAUUUAGUAAUGGUACAUAUUAGUGCAAAUGUUUCAUCUAAAAAAUUAUUAGAAGUUUUACCAAUUUUGACUUUCAGAGUAAAAGUCUUAAAUAACCUAGAUCUAAAAUGAUGAUGAUUAAAAAGAAUUUAAAAUUCAAAGUAUAGAUUUAUGUGAAACUUUGGCUGAUGUUGUCAAAACUAAAUCAGAAAGAAUGUUAGAUGAAUAGAAAAAGAAGGAAUAAGAUUUAACAAUUAUUCCUUUUUAUGAUGUUCAAGAUUCAAAUUUAACUGAAAAAUUUAUAGAAAGAACCAAUUAAUUAUGGGGUGGAUAAGAUUAUAUUCCAUAAAUGGUUUCUGAAUCUUAAAUUUUAGAAAAUGAUGAAUUUAUUUAAGUAAUUUAUAUAUUUUCAUUUUUAGAUUAUAGCAAAUGUGCCAUCAAUUUUUAAAACAUCUGAUUGGAAAUUAAUAUUUUCAAAUGUUAUACAUGGCUCUUCUUUCUUAACAUUGCUUAAUAAUUGUGAAAAUCAUUCUCCAUUAAUUUUAGCAAUAAAGGAUUUUAAUGAAUGCAAGUUUGGAGCUUAUUUAAAUGAAUCUCCAUAACUUACAUUUGGAAAAUUUUUCGGAAAUGGAGAAACUUUCCUUUGGACUUUUAAAGUAUUUCAUCAUAAUUAUAUUAGUAAAAUGAUUUCAAAACUUUUAAUUGGUCUGAAGCAAAUAAUUACUUUAUUUUUUGUGAAUCAGACGGUUUAGCUGUUGGAUGUGGAGAAAAAUUCGGUUUAUAUGUCAAUCAUUCUUUAAUAAAUGGUAACACAAAUUCAUGUGAAACCUAUAAAAACGAAAUCCUAGCAACCACUAACGAUUUUAGUAUAUAAAUACUCGAAAUCUGGGGAUUAAGUGAAUGA